UAUUGCUAUAAAGUUACAAAACCCAUUCCAUUUGGGUAACUCUCAAAAUACUUAACUCGAUUCAAAACCCUAUUAAAAUGGCCGGCACUAUAUUUAAGCCAGAGGUGGACUUUCCAGAGGUUUACAAGCUAUGUCAGAUGUUUGUGCCCAGCGAGAAUGAUCUGGUAAAGGUAAGGGACACCAUGGAUCGCGAGAGCGAUCGUGGCCGCUUCCUGGCCCUGGAGAUGAUGCCCACCAACUGCCGGAUCAUGCUGGUGAGAUUCAGCAGCGAGAAGGACGUGUACAUGAGCUCCAAGUGCGUGAUCAUACCACACUCUAUAGCCGCCGCCAAGGGCACAGAACUUUUCAACUUUCUGGCCUCCAACAUAGCGACUUUCGUGAAGGACAAGAAGGUCGACAAGGAGAACCUACCGAUGGGCAUUGCCUUUGCCUUUUCGCUGAAUAAGCUGGCCCUGGACGUGGGAAUACUAAUCGCUUGGACGAAGGAGUUCGGGGCCACGGGAGCCAUCGGCAAGGAUGUGGUCCAGCUGUUGCGCGACGCCUUGGCCAAGUUCCCCGAGAUAAUGGUCAACAUCUUGGGCAUUAUCAAUGUGGCCAUAGGAUCCCUCCUGGCGCUCUGCUGGACGCAGCCGGAUACGCGGAUAGGCCUAAACAUGGGCAACAUCACCAACUCCUGCUACGUGGAGGAUGUCGAUAACUGCCACAUGUACACGGGCACUAAUAACAAGAGCAUAAUGAUCGUCAACACUGACUGGGCCCACUUUGGGGAUGGCGGUCAGCUCGACUUUGUACGAAACGAAUUCGACAAGACACUGGACGAGUCAUCCACGAAUCCCGGCCAUCGCAUCUACGAAAAGUUCAGCGGUGCCCUCUUCAUAAGCGAGCUCGUUCGUAUGGUCAUAGUGCGUCUGAUGCGGAAUGGGACCAUCUUCGAAGGGCAGACGCUCGAUUUAAUCGGCAACCAGUGGAGGAUGGAUAUGUCCUCAGUCUUCGAUCUCGACUCGGAUCCGUCUGGCGUCUACACUAAAGCCCAGGAGGUAAUGGAGAAAUACCGCAUUCGCCACUGCAAGGAGCGCGACCUGGCCGCCGUGCGCUACAUCUGCAACAUUAUCCUCAGCCGUGCGGCCAUGAUGCUCUCCUCGGGCGUCGCCUGUCUGAUCAACCGCAUGAAGAUCGCCCAAAUCUCCAUUUCCGUUGACGGCGGCAUCUACCGCCUCAACCCCACAUUCCAAACGGUGAUCAACAAGUACACUCUCCAACUCACCGACCCCCGCUACAAAUUCGAAUACGUCGUCAACCAGGACAGCUGCGGAGUGGGGGCCGCCAUCAUGGCCGGUUUGGCCCACGCCGAUAAGUACCGCGGCGAAUCAAAGAUAUUUGAAUUGGAUUUCUAACCCAAAUCAUUAUUAAAUGUUUAUACUUAAUUGCUGUGUGAAUUUUACCGUUUAUUGUAUUCUAUGGAACAUAACAAAUAU